CGGGCGCGCAUGCGCAUUCGUAAGAUAAAUCGGUGAAUCGAUCUAGAGUAUCUGCCAAUAUUCGUGACCCAUUUUCGUACAGAGCAAACGCGCAUAUUUCUUUAAAUAACCAUGAGAUUCUUGGGAGUGCUGAUUUUCUCCCUGUGCUGUUUUCAAGCUUCGAGGUGUCAACUUCUGGUGGAUUUGGCCCGUGAUUUCGAGACAUCGCUGCUGAACACAAGGAUUCCGGAUACCAGUCGCUUUCUGCCGGAGUAUGACUUCAUUAUCGUGGGAGCUGGUAGUGCGGGUUGUGUGCUGGCGAACCGGUUAAGUGAGAUUUCCUCUGCGAGUGUUCUUCUUCUGGAAGCUGGAGAUCAGGAGACCUUCAUCAGUGACGUCCCACUUACGGCAGCUCUCACCCAAAUGACUCGCUACAAUUGGGGGUACAAAGCCGAGCCCACGGAACACGCCUGUCAAGGGUUAAAGGGCGGCGUUUGCAAUUGGCCAAAGGGGCGUGGCGUUGGGGGUACCAGCCUGAUAAACUUUAUGCUAUAUACUCGUGGUCAUCGCAAAGAUUAUGAUGAGUGGGCAGCUGCUAAUAACUCAGGUUGGUCCUACGACGAAGUACUUCCGUAUUUCCGAAAGUCAGAAAGGAUUGGCAUCCCAGAGCUUUAUAAAUCACCCUAUCAUGGUCGAAAUGGUCAACUAGAUGUGCAGUACACGGACUACAGAUCGCAGCUCCUUAAAGCCUUCCUUAAAUCCGGCAGGGAAAUGGGCUACGAUAUCACGGAUCCGAAUGGCGAGCAUCUGAUGGGUUUUGCGAGGUCGCAGGCCACCAUUCGAAAUGGCAGGAGGUGCAGCACAAGUAAGGCUUUCAUUCAACCGGUGGUUCAGCGGAAAAAUCUACACAUUUCCAUGAAAAGCUGGGUCACCCGACUGAUCAUCGAUCCGGUUACCAAGACUGCCACUGGAGUGGAGUUCGUAAAACAGCGACAAAGAUUUGUAGUGAGAGCUAAAAAGGAGGUGAUCCUCUCAGCAGGAACUAUCGCCAGUCCGCAACUUUUGAUGUUAUCCGGAGUGGGUCCGGCGGAUCACCUUCAUGAGCACAAUAUCACAGUGGUGCAGGACCUUCCGGUGGGUUACAAUCUGCAAGAUCACAUAACCGUAAAUGGUCUGGUGUUUACUGUGAAUGAUUCAACGGUGAAUGAUGCUCGUCUGCUGAAUCCCUCGGACAUUUUUCGGUAUAUCUUCAAUGGACAAGGACCCUAUACUAUUCCCGGUGGCGCUGAGGCAUUCGCUUUUGUACGGACUCCAAGUUCAAAAUUUGCCAAGGACUAUCCCGACAUGGAAUUGGUUUUGGGUGCAGGAUCCCUAAGCGGAGAUCGUUUUGGCACCAUGAGAAAUUUGUUGGGCAUCACCGAUGAGUUCUACGACUACAUGUUUGGGGAUCUGCAGAACAAGGAAACCUUCGGCCUAGUUCCAGUGCUCCUGAGACCCAAAAGUCGGGGCAGAAUAUCUUUGCGGAGCCGCAAUCCUUUUCAUUGGCCAAAAAUGGAACCUAAUUUCAUGCAUGAUCCGGAUGACGUAAGAGCGAUGAUCGAAGGAAUUGAAAUGAUCCUUAAACUGGCCCGAUCGAAGCCCAUGGUGAAGAUGGGAACUCGUUUCCACGAUCGUCCUUUUCCGGGAUGUCAGCACUUGAAGUUCGCCAGUAAUGAAUACUGGAAGUGCUGUCUGCGAAGAUAUGGUUCCAGUUUGCAGCAUCAAUCGGGAACUUGUAAGAUGGGUCCUGCCGAGGACACAACUUCCGUGGUGGAUGCCCAACUCAGGGUCCACGGAAUCCGGGGAUUGCGGGUUAUAGAUGCUUCCAUACUGCCCAAUGUUCCGGCUGGUCACACAAAUGCCAUUGUGAUCAUGGUGGCCGAAAAGGCGUCGGACAUGAUCAAAGAUGCCUGGCGAAUGAAGAUCAGCCCCCCUAACUCCUGAUUUAAUUUUUAAGCCUGUUAUUUAUUAUUUAGUCGAGCCAUUAAGCCAAGUUCUCAUGUGAUACCUAAGCUAGCUUGUAAGGUUUUCAUUGGGUUGUAAAUGGGGUUUCUUUUGUGAUUGGUGUAAGGAACAAAUAUUUAUUCAAUGCACUAAUAUGUAACUCUU